AUGAGGAACAAGCGACGACGUCCUGUGUUGCGUGUCGAUCCAUAUAUUGCAUACCGUCGUCGUAAAAACCUAUCGGCAAAGUUCGAGCGAGUCCUAUCGGCAAUUCACCGCAGCGCCCUUGUUUCCGACAAUGAUGAUGAGUGGAAGGUAGCAUCCGAACUAUCUGAAGAAUUCCAGUCGGUUCUGAGGGACUGGCAAGAUACUUCCACUAUCGAUCGGAUACUGGACUUGCCUUUCUUGGCAUACACUCUGGACACCCAGGGAGGCACGUCGUAUGACAAAUUACUCAUAUCUGGAGUUGAGGAUAUAUGCAGCAGCCUGGGCUUCUCAAUAUUCUUUUCGACCAUUAAAAGGGACAGAAGGAUGGAAUGCUUCCUCGGACCUGUCCAGGACACCCAUUACCAACCGCUUUCCGAAAUCCUUAUCCCUACCCCCUACCACUCCUUGGCACGAUCUGACUUGGUUGUUACGGACCUGCAUGCCUUUCUUCAGUGCCUUCUGCUCACGAGCACCCAGUCUGUGCUCAAUUACUAUCGCACAAAAUCAGAACGAGAGGCUGGUUGUAAAGAGUAUGGGAUGAUUAUGUUCGACCAAAUUUGCACCAAAGUAUUUGAGCACAGAGAGGGUCUAGACACAGGAGAUGGCCGAUCAAAGGAAUACAGCCUGGAGACUAUGCUGAUUCCAGUCAUUGUUCAAUGUGCAGAAUUGAACAAGAUUGAGAUGUUUCACAGAGGUAUCCGAGGACUUAAAGGCGCUACCAUUGAUGCAUACUCAAGACUGCUAUAUCUGGUUCCAGAUAUUUCAUUUUCAAAGAUCGUAGAAGGAUUGGAAAUUGCAGUAGAAUCACUGAAAGGUAUUGAAGAGCGUUAUAAAGGUCUUCGAAAGCUGUUCCGAAGGUGGACAUCUGAGCCUGUAAUCGUAGAUGGCAUUGAUGCUUCUGAUGCUAAGAUCCCCCACUCUUUGCCUCGCAACCUCCCAGGACUAGCUUCUGGUGUUUCUGUUCUAAAUGAGACGGGCGGCGAAACUCUUCCAGAUACCAACACCCCUAGCAAAGAUCUACGCAUAGAGCUUGACCGCUUUUAUGUCGCCAAAAUGGAGCAGCUCUUGACUUCCAAAAUCGUACCAGUAUUACUCCAAGCAACGGCCAAGACACAGCUCAUUACCAAGUUCCUGAACGAGCUGUUCGCGGAUCCACUAGUCCAAACCUUGACGAAGAAGGUAACAGUUCGCCAGCUUUUGCCCUUCAUGGCGGAAGAGUGCGAUUUACUGAGCAGAAAAGCUAGAGCCAGGGCUGCAGGUAGGCUUGACUUGGACAACAUAUCCGCAUUCAUUCUCAACUGCUACGCAUAUGGGCUUGCUGGAGAAACCUAUGGGUUCCUGAGAACUGUUAUUGAGAGGCUCGAUACCCGUGAUUACACGAAUUACAAUGCGGCGACAAUGCCCUUCCUACACAACAUCUCGACAGCCUGGGCCACGAGUACCAUUUCAGACAGCCCAGUCUACAGAAAACUACUCGAACACGCCAUAUAUUCCUACCUGGUCAAAUACGUCAGAUAUGAACCCGAAGCCUCAGAGACUUCGCGAGCACCCGUUGCCUGUUAUUCCGGCCCUAGUGCUUCUCCAUGCAAGCACUGCAAAGUAAUCAACGCUUUCCUCCAGCACCCAGAGCGGAUCCGCACAGUGCUCCAGUUUUCAUCCCACGAAUUUUGUAACCACAUAUGUCCGAAGCUUGAGGAAAUCUGUGACGACCUGGACGUUAAAUCCAGGUCGGCUAAAGGGUACAAAAUUCUUGCACUCACAAAACGCAACAGCUGCGAAAAUACGAAAAAGGCGUACAAACACCGAAGGUAUAUGUCAAAUGUUCAUUUCGGAUGUUUCCGCCAAGGAGUCUUGGAAAAGGUGCUUGGGGACAGGUUCGACGAGAUUACCAGUAUGAGGUACACCAUGUUAGAGCCUGAAGGCCUUGUGAAAAGGAUGGCUGGUGUGUAUGCGUUACAGUGGGCCAAAGAACAAGAGCGUGGUAUGCAGGAGGGCGAAGUAACGUCCCCGUUUGAUGAGAUCAACACUGACGUUCCGACCAACAAUCUCCAAUCCCCACUUAACCCGCAAUUUGAAGACAACAAAGGGAAUCAAUACCUAUAUAUGUGGGAGGAUAUUGCAGCUAUUGCGAAUCGUCUCGCUAUGCGGAAGCGCAAAGCAGAGCUAGACCCAGACUUGGAAGAAAGUGAAAGUGAGAGUGAAGACGAGGAUGAGGACGAAGAUGAAGAUGAGAACUAA